UUGUUUAUCCUGCUCAGCCAAUGAGAAGGUCAGAGAUAGAUCCCCUCUACAUGGCUGAAAUUGUCUGGAGGUUAAAGAGACCCGACAGUCACCUACCAUCACACACACAGGAUUGAGCCAAGAGGACAACAGGACUAGCAACGGACAUCCUCUGACCUGUCUGUGAUUUUCUUCAGCUCUUCGCCAACUUCUACAGGGAACUAUGAUGGUUGGCCAACAGAGACUUCUCCUCACCGUGGCAACCUGCCUAUUUCUCCUAGCAACCCUAUGCCCCACCUUAGAGGCUCGUCGUGGUGGGAGCUUCGGACGUAGUGGCGGUGGGGGGUGGGGAGGUAGUAGACGUGGAGGUAGCGGUUACCCUCGUCAAGGUGGAGGCACGGGAUACCGACCAAUGCCAUCCUCGAGCGGACCGGCAUACCGACCAAUGCCUGCCCAGAGUGGAGGCUCCAGUGUGGGGAAGAUGGCAGGGGCUGCUGCUGCUGGUGCCGUGGGGGGAGCAAUGCUGGGCAGUGCCCUGAGUCGUCCUGGCUAUGGAGGAGGAUAUGGGGGGUAUGGAGGAGGUUAUGGAGGUGGUUAUGGAGGCUAUGGAGGAGGCUAUGGGGGGUACCCCAGAGGUGGAGGGUAUGGCCCCAGGCCUGGUGGCUAUGAGGGACCAGAGGGCUCUGGGGAUAUGGAGUACUACUAUGGAGCAUCCAGCGGGCCCAUCUAUAACAGCAUCAUUGUCAUCAUUGGGUCACUAAUGUCACUGGUGAUGGGGCACUGGAUGGGAGUGAUGUAGAGAUAUAGUGAACAGAAAGAGAGGGAUAGAGUCACAACUAAAGAUAGACCAAGACCAUGUGUAUAUAAAGACUCUUGAGACCAAGACUAGACUCUGACCCCAGACCCAGACCAAGACCUUGGGUAUUGAGUCCCAAACCAUGACUGAACACUAAUCUCACAGGUUGUGAUUCCAUCUAAUUUGAUUUGCAGGUGUAGUGGAGCAGAUACACUUCCUGUAUAGCUCCCUGAUCCAGAAACACACUGAUGCAGAUUCUUUGUCAACUAACUAUUUGCACAACAUUUGUUUUCUGAGACAUACUUAAACAACAUACACAUAUCUAGUGUGAUAAUUUACCUUCCAGUCGAGCACUCACUACCUCAAUAACACAUGAUUUACUUUAGAUUUUCUUUACCAUGGUUGCUAUCAACACUUUAAUAUUGCCAUGCUGUGGACAUACAGUAUAAAGGUAAAUCUUUAUUUGAAAUAGUCCCGUUAAAACAGGUUUAACUUAUUUCAACACCCGGUAGAACACUGGCAGCGUUUGGAUUUGGAUUUGUAAAUUCUGUAUAUUGUACAAUUCUAUGAAUUUUAUUUUGUUUCCAUUAUUUUUCUUACUUUAUUAAAUAGGCUGUGUGUGUGGUGGAGUGUAUAAAUUCUAGUAUGAUCCAAAAAGUUUUUGUUUUGGUGUCAUUUGAUGUAUUUUUCCUGUGGGGUUAUUCCAAUGAAGACAUGAGAGACAGAGAUGUAAAUGUAUCCAUUUAUGACCUUGACUAUAAUCAGACUGUGAAGACGAACUACCAUCAGCUCAUUAAAAUGAGAAUGGGUCAGUUCAGAUAGAAGUCAUAUUUAGAUGAGGCUUUUGAUGACAGACUAAACAUUAAAAGUAAUGUCAGUACCUGUACAACAACCAACAGUCAAUCAAGGAUGGUUCUUGAAGGCAGAUUGGAUUCUAGAAUCUGACAUCUGUUCUUGGGAAUCUGUGAAUGGCUGUAUCUAGGCCAUUCAUUGAAGUGGAUCUCCGUUAAAAAUAAGAUUAGGAACCCGAUUCACACAGUGGAGGUAUUCAUUGCCAUGGUAAAGGGUUUUAGACUGCCCAGAGUAUCAUUGGGCUGCAAUGCUAUUGUUAUGACACAUAUGUUAACAUGUGCCAGGUAUGUUGGUCAGCAGUCAAUAAUAGGAUGUCCCAUGACUAAACACUCAUUGUGUGAUCCUGUUACUGUGGAAGAUCUCGUGGCUGGCAGGCUGUAAUACAGUCACUUCAUCACCAGGUGGAGACAUGAGGGACCUGGAAGAAUACUGGUUACCUGUUAGUUAACCGCAUAGGGCUGUUUCAUUAUGGAAAUGAUCCUCCUAACAAGUCUAUCUCACUCAUGCAAUGAUGGAUGGUAGACCUACAACGUGCUACUUGCUACUGCCCUGAUUAUCUGGAGGAACAGUAUGUUAUUUAUUGACUUGUUAUAUUAAUAAUGUUGAUCAUGAUUAUUGUAGAAAAUAAAGUGAGAACUAGAGAGAACUUUUCUCAAAUGUAUUUUCUCUCAGCACAAGAGAGCAUGAUAAAUGGAUCACCAGAAUGUUAAGGCAUCCUAAUAUACAAAUAAAGGGGUUCACUUUUUCCUCUUCA